AUGGACGAAACCGGAAUAUCAACGACCUCAAAUAGGCCUCCAAAGGUUAUCUCCGUAAAAGGGAAAAAACAAGUGGGUAUGAUUGCAAGUGCAGAACGCGGCCAAUUGACAACCGUCAUCGGGUGUUGUAAUGCUGCUGGCAGUUUUCUUCCACCUUUCCUGAUUUUUGCAAGAAAGAAGAUGCAAGCAAGGCUUCUUGAUGGUAGUCCUCCAGGGACUCAAGCAACGUGUACUCCUAAUGGCUGGACAUCAGGGGAAGUCUUCUUGAACUGGAUCCAUUUUUUCGUAGAGCAAGUGAGGCCAACAGCAGAUAAAAAGGUUCUACUAAUAUUGGAUAACCAUGAAAGCCACAAAUAUUAUCCUGCACUUGAGUAUGCCACAAAGAAUAACGUGGUAAUAUUAUCCUUAGCACCGCAUACUACAAACAAAAUGCAACCUAUGGAUGUUGCUGUGUAUGGCCCACUGAAAACGCAUUUCGAAAGGGAAGUUAACAUUUUCCAAAAAUCUCACCCUGGCCGCAUCAUUAAUCAGUACGAUGUAUCUAGAUUGCUAGCACCAGCUUAUCUCAAAGCUGCCGUGGCCAUCAAUGCAGUGCAUGGAUUUGAAAAACCUGGGAUUUGGCCUGUAAACAAGCACGCAUUUGGUGAUGAGCAUUUCACACCAGCCGAGGUACUUGCAGCUGGAACUUUGGCCCCAAUAGAAAGCAUUGAUUUACCCGAGUCCGCUGUUGAAGCGUUACCUUCGAUUGAACCUCAAGAUCAGCCCAUAUCACCUUCAUUUGCAAAUGCCACUCAACAUUCUCAUUCAUUCAUAAACCCUAUUGAAGGAGAAACCUUACAGACUAUAGAAUCUGUUAGUUCUUUACCUAUUGCGUCAUCAGGUGAAGUUGUUGCUUUAGGUGAUUUUCAGUCUCAAGACGAAGUAAAUAUAUAUAUUGAAGAUCGACCGUGCACUCCUAUUAGAUCUGAAACUAAAAAAGAAAGCUAUGGCAAUACUGUUCCCGCCGCUUCACCCGAACCUGGAUGUUCUAAGACCUACUAUAGUCCUUCAGUUUUGAGACCUAUUCCUCAGCCUGCUAGACCAACAACAACACGUAAACGGAGGUUACAAAGAUCUAGUAUACUGACGAGUACUCCAGUAAAAGAAGAGCAGAAACAGAAAUUUGAAAAAGGAAAAAAGCCUGCUAUGAAGCCACUAGAUGAUGUUUCGACGAAAACUUCUCUGAAGACUGGUAACAAAAAAACUGUUAAAUCUAAAAUCACUGAUAAAAAAGCAAAGAGGAGUGCAAAAGAAAAUGGAAAUCAGAAAAAAAUACGGAAAUUUGAUGAUGUCAGCUGCAUUUUCUGUGGUGAAAUGUACAUUGAAGAAGAUGAUCAGCCAACGGAAAACUGGAUACAAUGUAGUAUUUGUACUCAAUGGUGCCAUGAAGAGUGCUCAGCCUUCGAAGGCAGUGACGAUUUUGUUUGCGAUAACUGCAAAAAUUAG